AUGUCUUCAAUUGCAUCCUUCACAGCUCGUCGGGCUUUCGUCGCUCGUCCAGCUCUCGUCGCUCGUCCGGCUCUUCUUUCUCGCGCCGCCCCGGUCCGCCGAUUCGCCAGUCCCGCGAAAGUUGAGGAGAGCCUGGAAGAAGCCGGCAGGCGUGAUCCCGAGCUUUACGUUCUUCUCGGUGUCAUGUCCGGUGCUUUCCUGCUCGCUGGAUGGUUCUUCGGCCGCAAGCCCACCUCCGUAACCUCCGAAAGCAACGUUCGCAUCGGUGAAUCCGCCAUGCCCUGGGAGGGCGACGACGAAGACAAAGUCUUCAAAUACCAGUACCACCCUCACGGCGACAAGAACCAGCCUCUCCGCAACGCUCCUAGCGCUUUGAACACUGUUAUUGUGCCUAAUGUUACUUUGCCUGAGGACCUUCAUGAGAGAUUCAACAAAUACGGAAAGGAGGAAUACGACUACUAA